AUUCACACGCUUCACUUGAAAUGAAAAUAAACCACAAAUACAUGUCAAACAAAAACUGAUCUGUGUUAUUUUAGUCUUUCCAAAGUAAAUAAUCUGGUUAAUUUAUUGACUGAAGGAUAGCGCCGGGCUCCAUAUAACUUGGACACUGGUCACGUUGCGAUCAUGCGAACUCCUGCCAUCACGUUGCAAUCGGCGUGGACAGCAUCAUUUACAUUUUCUGUUUCAGUAGUAACGGAGAAACGGGUAAUAUAGCAAUGUCAGCAGCGCCCGAGACGCUGCUGGUUGCAGCUGUUACUACCGACCGCAGCAUUGAGACAGCUACGCCCGCACCGCCGCUGCGCUCCCCUGUCGGAAAGCACUUAGUGCACUGGUUUCGCAAGGGCCUGCGGCUACAUGAUAACCCUGCCUUUAGAGAAGGACUCAAAACAGCGGUCACUUUUCGAUGCAUCUUCAUUAUCGACCCUUGGUUCGCUAGUUCUUCUAACGUCGGAAUUAACAAAUGGAGGUUUCUAUUACAAUGUCUUGAAGAUCUAGACCGCAGUUUGCGGAAGCUAAAUUCGCGAUUAUUUGUGGUGCGCGGUCAACCCGCUGACGCUCUACCCAAGCUGUUUCGCGAAUGGGGCACCACGGCUCUCACUUUCGAAGAGGACCCUGAACCAUAUGGACGUGUACGGGACUACAAUAUUACAACCAAGUGCCGAGAAGUUGGCAUCACUGUCAUCUCGAAAGUUUCGCACACGCUUUACAAAUUGGACACAAUAAUAGACCUAAACGGUGGUAAGGCGCCUCUGACAUACCACCAGUUCCAAGCGCUUAUCGCGAGCAUGCCUCCGCCGCCGCCGGCGGAAGACACAAUCAGCGCACAGUCGCUUAACGGCGCCUCCACUCCCAUCUCUGAUGACCACGAUGAACGAUUCGGCGUCCCUACUCUUGAAGAACUAGGAUUCGAGGUAGAGGGGCUCAAGCCACCAGUAUGGAUAGGUGGCGAGACCGAAGCGUUGGUGCGGUUGGAGAGGCACCUUGAGAGGAAAGCGUGGGUGGCCUCUUUCGGCAGACCAAAGAUGACUCCACAGUCGCUAUUAGCAAGUCAAACUGGCUUGUCGCCCUACCUAAGGUUCGGGUGCUUGUCAACAAGACUCUUCUAUUACCAAUUGACGGAAUUGUACAAGAGGAUAAAACGCGUUAGGCCACCCCUAUCGCUACACGGACAAAUUCUUUGGAGGGAGUUUUUCUAUUGCGCAGCCACGAGGAAUCCGAACUUUGACCGAAUGGAAGGUAAUCCCAUUUGUGUCCAAAUUCCCUGGGAGAAGAACUCUGAAGCUUUAGCCAAGUGGGCUAAUGGUCAAACUGGUUUCCCCUGGAUAGAUGCGAUAAUGAUCCAACUGAGAGAUGAAGGUUGGAUCCACCACCUUGCGCGGCAUGCCGUAGCCUGUUUUCUCACAAGAGGUGACCUCUGGAUCUCAUGGGAAGAAGGAAUGAAGGUGUUCGAUGAGCUACUGCUCGAUGCUGAUUGGUCAGUAAAUGCAGGCAUGUGGAUGUGGCUCUCGUGCUCUUCCUUCUUCCAACAGUUCUUCCACUGCUACUGUCCUGUUCGCUUCGGAAGGAAGACUGACCCGAAUGGCGAUUUCAUAAGGAAAUACAUACCAGCACUAAGAAACAUGCCAACGCGGUACAUCCAUGAGCCGUGGGUAGCACCAGAAUCCGUGCAGCAGUCAGCACGCUGUCUCAUCGGUAGCGACUAUCCUGUACCAAUGGUGGACCACGCGAAGGCCUCACAGGUUAACAUCGAGCGCAUCAAGCAGGUCUAUGCGCAACUCGCCAAAUAUAAACCGCAAGGUUCAUUGAAUCCACAACCCAUUCUGCGACCAAAUGUUGUACAGUCGUCUCCGAGUCCUACAUCAAUUAUCGCCAGUAUUAAUCAGUCCAAUUACUUAUGCAGUCAGGCUUCCGACUCACAGUCAACCUCCAACUCGCAAAUCAUUCCAAAUAAAGACGACGUGUUCCAACAUCCUGGAAAAACUAAUACAGCUGGCUUGGACAAACAAAUACCAUUCAAACAAGUUUACAUCAUACAGAAAACAAAAGACUUGAACACAGUUACAGAAAACAUUACUGAAAAUCAGCCAUCACAACCAAGUUACACUAUUAUGAACGGACUAUCAGAUGUUUCGUACAAAACGCGACAAAAUAUCGAAAAUCAACCAAAUGAUAAGCAGGAAAAUUACGACUUAAAGAAUUUAGCUAUAAAUAGUAAUGUCCCUAAAUAUUCAAAUAUACAAAUACAUCAGCAGUUGACUAAAACUGAAAUACUUUCUAGUCAACUUGGAAAAGAUGACAAUUUCCAAGAAAACAAGGUGAAUUUUUUUAUGCCCGCCACACCUGAGAAUAUUAUGCGGAUUUCAAACUUAUCACAUGUAUUUGUAAAUGAUCAGUUGUGCCAAGAUUACAGUAGGAAGGGUGAUCUGGAAUGUGGAGAGGAGAAGGUAGACACUAAACACCUCACCAUGACCUUGCCAGAUAGGCCAUUUACAAAUGAUACUGAUAACAAGGAACCAUAAACUUAGUGUUGAUAUGAGAGUAAAGAUGAUAAUUGGGGUUA